AAGGGGGGCUGACGAAGACUCGGCUUGUCCAAAAACUCCUUCUUCUCCAAUGGUAGUGCCUGUCGGAAAGUAAGAGCGCUUUAACUCAUUCUACCCCCCCACCUUUUUCAGAACUCUGUGACACUGCUUGUGACAUCUGCCUGCCUGGAAUUUACUCAUGUGUAUGCUAUGAGAUGAGAAUUCAUUUAACAAUUGUGUUUUUCUCUACGGCUCGCUUUUCAUGACAGACCCUCAAAGUCUUCGACUUGUUGCCGAAGACCCCCGACACCUUCUUGCAGCCUGGAGGUGUCUUGUGAAAAGUUCCCAGCAGGCGUUUAAUUGCUUUUCAUUCAUUGUUUGGUUUUGACAGUUGCCACGGGGUAAUUUGUGAUCAGGAUAAAAGGACACUAAAAGGAGUUUCUUUCUUCAUUUUUUUUUUGCCCUUUCACUCUCUAAGCAUCAGGAUUGUGUCUGGACAAGUUAAGCCUGUCUCAGAAAUGAUGAUGUUCCUUUUCACGUUUGCCCUUGAUAUUUGGUUGUAGAACUUUCCUUGAAGUGUUCCCAUUGGAUGUAAUCGGGAGUUUGGCCGCAGGAAAAAUUGUCACCGUUUUCUAAGCUCUGACUCCUAGGAAGGAGGUUUGAUUAUAUCUGAGUUAUGGGCCGGAUUAAGAAGACCAAGUUGGCUUUUGGAGUUUUAUUAGUUUUCAAAUUGUUGGUGGAUUGGUGUCAGUUUGCAGCUGGAGAACUGGAGCAAGAUGCAUCUUAUUCCAUUAGUCCGCCCAUAUCCAGAGUUGAUGAAAGUGUUUCAGUGGAUUUGCACCUGUCCAGGCACAGAUGGAGGAGGCAUUCUGUGGACACAAACCGUCCCAGCCUUGGCCAUGACUUCUCUGAAGCUGCAGGUCUUUCAGAUUUGUUUUUGGAUGACGGGAAUGAUAAUGGAACAGAUAUUGAGGAGGAUAUGGAUCAUAAGUAUUACUCCUCCAGAAUAUUUGGUCCAUUGGACCCAGCCAGCCGAGAUUUAUGGGUCAACAUUGAUGAAAUGGAAAAAGAGAAGGUCAAGAUUCAUGGAAUUCUUUCCAAUACACAUCGGCAAGCAGCUAGAGUGAACCUGUCAUUUGAUUUUCCAUUCUACGGACAUUUCCUGCGUGAGAUAACCGUGGCGACUGGGGGUUUUAUCUAUACGGGGGAAGUCGUGCAUCGGAUGCUCACAGCAACACAAUAUAUUGCUCCCUUGAUGGCCAAUUUUGAUCCGAGCGUGUCCCGGAAUUCUACCGUCAGAUACUUUGACAGCGGCACGGCACUAGUAGUCCAAUGGGAUCACGUUCACUUACAAGAGAAUUUCAGCCUUGGAAGCUUCACAUUCCAGGCCACCUUAAUCAACGACGGUCGGAUAGUGUUUGGAUACAAGGAAAUCCCAGUACCGGUUAUGGAGAUAAGCUCCACCAAUCACCCUGUGAAAGUGGGGGUGUCAGACGCCUUCGUGGUGGUGCACAAGAUUCAGCAGAUUCCAAAUGUUCGCAGGAGAACCAUUUUUGAGUAUCACAGAGUGGAGUUGGAAAUGUCCAAGAUUACUAACUGCUCAGCGGUGGAAAUGUUACCUCUUCCAACUUGUCUCCAGUUUAGCAGCUGUGGUACCUGUGUCAGAUCCCAGAUCGGCUUCAACUGCAGCUGGUGCAAUAAUCUCCAAAGAUGUUCAAGUGGAUUUGAUCGCCACCGGCAAGACUGGGUAGAAAACGGUUGCCCAGAAGAGUCAAAAGAUAAAGUAUGUGAAGACUUCUUCCCCACCACCCAAAUACCACAUCACACCACUUCUAAAAUUCAUGGCACCACCUACAGACAUUUUACUACAACUGCUAAACUAGCGACGUCACAUCUGCCAAGCAGCCUCCCAACAGAAGAUGAUACAAAGAUUGCGCUGCACCUCAAAGACAAUGGAGCCUCGACAGAUGACAGCGCGGAGGAGAAGUCGCACGGCGCGCUGCACACGGGAUUAAUUAUAGGGAUACUCGUCCUGGUCCUCGUUGUUGCUGCUGCCAUCCUCGUAACAAUUUACAUGUACCACCACCCGACAUCAUCUGCUAGUCUCUUUUUUAUUGAGAGACGUCCCAGCCGCUGGCCAGCUAUGAAGUUCCGGAGAGGAUCCGGACACCCCGCUUAUGCUGAAGUAGAACCCGUCGGCGAAAAAGAAGGCUUCAUUGUAUCAGAGCAAUGCUGAGUCCUUUUAUUGUGGAACAUUUGCAUCAGUACUGGUUUCUGGUGUCAGACCCGUGAAUUUUACAUAUAUUUUCCAGGAAAACAAAAGUGCUGUGAGCUACCUAUCCGGAGACAGAAAGAGAGCUUCUCAUGGUCAACGAUCACGAAGAAAGAUUUCUUCACUCUGAAAU